AUGUGGACGGUGCCACAGCAGAGGGAGGACCCAGAGCAGCGGGUGGAGCAGCUGAUGACGUUGUAUGAUCAGCAAAUCCAGGACAUUGAGGCCUGCUCAAGAAACACGCCCUACUGGGAUGGCUACUGUGGGCUGGUCAAGGUGCCAGACGAGGACUUGGUGCGGCGAGACGCCGCGCCACAAAACGUGCACCAGCCUGUGGUGCCAUCUGCUGCCCAGCAGGCACCGCUGCAGCAGGGUGCGCUACAGCAGCAGGGCCAGCAGCAGAGACGAGGCCCGGCAACCGCGGGAUCAGGCACAAGCGGCGGAGCCCGGACGCCGCCCUCGGCCUCCCCACGCAGCAGCCCCGGCGUGUCGCCGUUCAAGGCCGCCCCCGGCGCCGUGCCACGCCGCCAGCAGCCCGCAGUGGUGCUGGCGGAGCAAGCGGCGGCGCUCAUCCACCAGCAGGGGCGGCUGCACGACGCUGAGGCGCUGCUGCAUGCUGCGCUGGAGCGGUGUGCCACAUCGGAUACGGAACUGGCUGGGAGGGUUGUCGACCUAUUGCUAGAAGUGGAGCGAGAGUUCCAGCAAACGCCCACCCACAGCCGCAACGGCAGCGAGGCAGAGCAUGAGGACCACGGCGACUGGACGGCCAUCAGUAGCAGUGACAGCGAUGAUCCUGCGGCACUGCUACGCCAGGCUGUGGAGGCGCUGGCGGGCGGCCAGGAGCGGAGCGCAGUGCAGCUGCUGCAGCGGGGCCUGUCGGCCUGCCCCCCAGAUCUGCUGGAGCUGCGCCGCCGCAUUGCCCUGUAUCUAGAGCUGGUGGUGCACGGCGCCAUUGUGGCCGGCGCCAUGGGCAGGGACGGCGACAAGAAGGGCAGAUGGUCGAUCAAGUCGCUGCUGAAUCCAGGCCUACGACACCGCAGCUUUCGCGAUGCGCGCGGCGCCCGGGGGGCCAGCUUGGCGUCGCUGUCGCCUGAGCCAGAGUCCCCGGCACCGGCAGCGGCGCUGGGGGCCCCUGCCACGCCGCCCUCCACAUCCCCAGGCGUGCAGCAGAGCAGCGAUGCGGGGGACAGCGGGCAGGGAUCCGCCGCCAUUUCCGGCUCAGCAGCAGCGGCGGCUGCUGCCCACCCGCUGGCAGGGCGCAGCCUGGUGGUGCAGGUGCUGCAGGCGCGGCGGCUGCGGGCGGCAGAUUCCAACGGCCUCAGCGACCCUUACUGCGUUGUAAAGGUGGGCGAGCACAAGGCCAGCAGCAAGACGGAGCUGAAGACUCUGGAGCCGCGCUGGAACGAAACCAUGUGCUUCAGCGCGGCCAACGUGGCCGAGGCGCUAGAGGGGGGCAAGGUGGAUGCCGGGGAGAUUCAGGUGGCGGCUUGUUUUGAGGCGGGCGGCGGCCAGGGCCAUCAGGACGGCGGCGCGCUGAGCACGCUGUGCUGCCCGCCUGGCACGCGCAAGCAGGUGCCCCAGGUGGUGCACAGCCAGCGCGGCAUCUUGUAUGAGGAACCGCUGAUUGCCUGCCUGGCCGUCACACUAGAUCGUGUGGAGGGGUUGGGCGCCCACCCCGCAGCAGCGGCGGCGGGCCAGGGGGCAAGCAGCACCAACGGCUUUUCGGAUGCCGGCAGCCCGCUGGCACGUGGCAGCGCCAGCCCGCUGGCCCCCUGGCGCGGCGACAGCCCGGUGGCCGGCAGCGGCGGCAAGCUGCUGGGGCGCCUGUUCAACCGCAAGCACGGCGGCGGCGGCGGCGGCGGCGGCGGCGCUGCCCGCAUCCUCACCAACUCCUCCUCCAUGCGCAGCUCGGUCAGCGACGGCAUGAUUGCUGGGGAGGACCCGGGAGACGAGUACGGCGGCCUGGACUUUUAUGAGCGGGAGGCGGGGAUGGGCGGGGAGGCCGAGUACGGCCUGGGGGUGGAGGAGGAUGAGGAGGUGCCCCAGGAGCUGCUGCAGGAGGAUCCCGCCACGCCCCGCGGUACAGGGCGGGACAGCACCGACGAGGGCCAGCUGGCACGGUCGUCUGUGCUGGCGCGGCCCCCCACCUUUCUGUCGCGUGACGAGGGCCACCACGCCCUGUCUGGCAUGCGCAUGUACGUGCGCCUGGUGCUGGGCAGGCAGAAGCAGACGAGCUGGAUCAAGAAGGAGCACGCCAACGGCGCCGCCAACUGGCACCAGACGUUUGUGUUUGCGACGCCGCUGCCGCUGCGCGACCGCCAGCUGCGGGUGGAGCUGUACCGCACCAGCAGCAGUACACAGCGGGGCAGGCUGAUCAGCAUAGCGCACGUGUGGGUGCACGCCCUGGUGCCGCCAGCGCUGGCCCAGAACCAGGAGACGUGCAGGCAGAGCACUGUGGAGCUGGAGAGCGUGCUCAAGCACCAGCCAGGCGGCCGCGUGCUGCUGCGCUCCACGCUCGUGGACACAGACCUGCGGCGCUGCAUGUACCAGGCCCCUUUCCUGGACGGCGAGGAGCCGGAGGAGCAGCAGCAGCAUGCGGCGGCGGAGGGGGCCGGCGGCGCGGGCAGGCGCGUGCAGCGGCUGGAGAGCCUGACUCUGGAGUAUAGCAACCGGGAGCUGAAGAAGAAGGUGAUGCACUCAGAGCAAAGCUUCAAGACGUGGGAGGACAGCCACCGGCACCGGGCCAAGGCGGCGCUGAAGGGCUACGCCACGGCUGGCGCUGAGCUGGCGCAGUACGGCUGGCAGCGCAUCUCGCGGUACAUGUCGUCAGACCAGGAGGUCCCCACGGGAGAUGCGGCAGCCGCGCCUGGCGGCGCGCCUGCCCUGGCCCCCGGCCCGCCCAAGCUGCCCGAGCCCGUCGGCACCCUGCAGCUGACUGUGCACAGCAUCUCGCUGCCCGCCGCCAGCAACUCAGACUGCUACUUUGUGCUCAAGUGCGGGCCGCACUGGGGGCGCAGCAAGCAGCUGGCUAUGGGAGGGCGCACGUCUGUGGAGUGCGGGUGGCAGCUGUCCCUGCCGGUGCUGGACCCAUCACACAUCCUCACCAUAGCCCUGUUCCAGCCCUCCCGCGGCCUGAAGGCCACCGAGCGGCUGCGCCCCGGCUUCCUGCCACCCGCCGCCGGCGUGGUGGUGGUGGGCAAGCUGCGGGUGCGGCUGUCGUGCCUGCGCCCCAACACCCCGCUCUCAGCCGACCUGGUGCUGCUGGGGGAGCGGGCGCGGGGCGCACACGAGGCGGGCACGGUCAAGCUGUCGCUCGAGACCAGCUACCCCAGCCCGCUGGCUCUGUUCAAGGGGUAUGCCGCCCCGCGCCUGCCCCGCGCCGCCUAUGCUCACGGCGUGGACGCUAAGGCUCACCAGGCUGUGAUGGCGCGGGAGUGCCGCCGCAUCGUGCUGCGCUGGCUGGACGGAGCCAACCCAUCCAUCGGCUCGGCAGAGGCGCUGACGGUGCUGGAUGCGGAGAGGGAGGUGUUUGCCAUGAGCCGGGCGCGGGUCAACUACCGGCGCAUCCGCAUGGCGCUGGUGGGGCUGCGCCGCGUGCAGCGCAAGUUCGAGGCCAUCAAGGCGAGGGCGCAGGGGCCCACGUGGCAGGAGCCGUGGGAGAGCGUGGCGGCGAUGGCGGCCAUUGUGGUGCUGUGCUUUGCGCCGCGCGUGGCGGUGCCCCUGGUGCUGGCCUGGGUGGUGGCCGGCACGCUGGCGGUGCAGCCCGAGUUUGAAGGCGCGCAGGGUGCGCUGCGCAUGGAGCAGGACCCUCCCGACAUCGAGCCCGAGAAUGAGAGCCUGGAGACGACCACGGUCAACCCGCUGGUCAACCUGAGGGCCAAGAACGUGCUGGACGACGUGGCCUCCGCGAUGGAGCGCGCUGGGGCGCUGCUGUCCUGGCAGGACCCGUCGGCCACGCUGGGCGUGCUGGGCGUGCUGACCGCUGUGGCCCUCCUCAUCUUCUUCCUGGGCCUCUCCACGGUGGUGGCCUUUGCCCUCUGCUUCGUCAUCCGCCCGCCCGCGCUGCGCACGCCCACCCCGCCCCUGCCCGCCGUCGUCUUUGGCAAGCUGCCCACACGGGGCGACCGCAUCGUGUGA